AUGUGGAGACACAGCUGGAGGAUGGAGUCAUGGAGAUACCAGCUGAGACUCAGACUCAAGAAGAAGUUUCAGACUGUAUGUGAAGGGGUACCAAAGCAGGGAAACCCUGCAUUUCUGGAGAAGAUCUACACAGAGCUUUGCAUCACAGAGGGGGGAGCUGGAGAGGUCAAUAUUGAACAUGAGGUCACACAGAUUGAGAUGGCAUCCAAGAAACGUGUAACAACAUGGGAAACACCCAUCAGAUGUACUGACAUCUUCAAGCCCUUACCUGGGCAAGACAAACCCAUCCGAACGAUGCUGACAAAGGGAUUGGCUGGCAUUGGGAAAACGGUCUCUGUCCAGAAGUUCAUUCUGGACUGGACUGAAGGAAAAGCCAAUGAGAAAAUCCAGUUAAUAUUUCCCCUUCCUUUCCGGGAGCUGAACCUGAUUAAACACAAGACAUACAAUUUUGUGGACAUCAUCCAUCACUUUUUCAGUGAAACAAAAGGUGUCAACUUCUCCAACCACAACUACAACAUUGCUUUCAUCUUUGAUGGUCUAGACGAAAGCAGACUUCCUCUGGAUUUCCAGCAUAAUGAAAGCAUCUACAAUGUCAAUGAACAUGCCACAGUUGACGUCCUUCUCACAAACCUCAUCAAGGGGAAUCUGCUUCCCUCUGCUCUUGUGUGGAUCACCUCCCGACCAGCAGCAGCCAAUCAGAUCCCUCCUGAGUGUGUUGACCAAGUGACAGAAGUACGAGGUUUCACUGACCCACAGAAGGAGGAGUACUUCAGGAAGAGAAUCACAGAAGAGGAGCUGGCCAACAGAAUCAUCACACACCUCAAGUGCACCCAGAUCUUCAGGGAGGAGGCUGGGCUGUACCAGGGGACAUUUUUCUGCUUUGUUCAUUUGAGCAUUCAGGAGUUUCUAGCAGCUUUAUAUGUGUUCUUGCACUUUGCCAUGAGAGAGCGUAGUAUGCUUGACCAACACCAAACGUCUCAACUUCAUUCACUGUUCAGUGCUAACAGUCUUUAUGAGCUUCACCAGUCUGCUUAAUAUGUGUUCCACAUUUUUGGUAAGAAAGAGAGAAACACAUCUGAUCAACACCCAGCGUCUCCGCUAUCCUGUUUGCUCAGGGCUAAGAGAGUUCACAA